UGAAAUAACUAAACAUUUGCGGGAAUUUUACAUAUAUUGUUUUCUGCAAAUAAAAUAUUUCAUCACUAGCAAACAUUUCAUUUAAAGGCAUGGCUAUGAUUGUUUUUGUUUUGUUAACAUUUUUUUCAAGUUUAAUGCAAGUUAUAAAAGGAAAUAACGAAUCUUUCAUGUACGAAAUAUAUUCAAAAAAUGAGAUCAAUGGCAACGAAAUAUUUACGUUUUAUCAAAUCUCUGUCAGUGAAUGUGUUUUUAAAUGUGAUAAAACGUAUGGUUGUUUAUCUGCGAACUUUCACAAAGGAAACAAGACGUGUGUUCUCACCGACUACUAUCCGAACGAUGACACAAAGACGGGUAUUUCAAAGGCCGACUGGAUGAUCUAUUUUCGAAGGACGUACGCUGUAGACUUUUUGAAAAACGCAGAAGCAUGGCAGUCGACAACACGUGUCUGGCGAGGAGUCCCUUUAACAGCUGACAAAGCCAUUGAUGGAGAUACAAACGGUAAUGCACAUGAAAACUUCUGCGCUCACGUAGAUAUCAGCGAUUCAUACUGGGCAGUAGCCUUCGGUACACCUGGACCGGUCAAGACAGUCAAAAUUUACCUAAGGAACGAAACUACCGGUUACAACCACGCUACAUACACAGUGACCGUGUGCAACAAUCGUGAUGAUGUAGAUAAUGGUAAAGGAACACUAUGUGGCUCUUAUUAUGGACCGGAUUCAUACACACAACCUUUCAUCUUAACAAUAACUUGUGAAAACACAAUAUUUGGUAGAUUCUUGAGAAUCGAUAAAAAUUGGGAGAAUCUGUGUUUAUGUGAAGUAUUUGUUUAUCCUCCCAAAUAAAGCUUGGUUUUUAAUUGGAAAUUUCAGUUUCAAAUAACAUAAUUAUUCAAAAUGUUAAAGCUAUACUGCGUUCAUCUAAAAAAAAAUGCGAAAUUUAUUGAAAUCUAUAAGAUUCUUAAUGAAUAUGUCUUAUUUAGAUAAGAAGACGUACAAACUUUGUAAUAGAGGAAUCUCCGUUCUUUAUUAUGGGUCAAGUUAAGCAAGUAAAACUGCUAGUUUUUUUAAUGACACUAUAAAUAUUUAUAGUGUGUCUACUUACAUGUAAUAGUGUGUAGGAUUUAAAGCAUAACUUAUGUACUUUUUGUAAAGUCAAAACAUGUUAAUUUUAUAUAUUCAAAAAGAUUUUUAGCAAUUAUCAAUAUUUUCAAAUAUUAAAUUUUGAGCAUAGUAUAUCUUUUUGAAUUUUGAAAGCGGAUCAUAGGUUAUCAAGCUCAGCCAACUUGCUUGUUACAUAUAAGUUUUAAAUUGCUACUAGAUUUCGAAUCGUUAUAAGCUUUUUAGUGAUUCAGUGAUCAAUGCGAAAAGCUUAUUUGUUUAUGUUUAGUCAUUACAUGUGUAUAUGUUAUAGUUCUUUUUAAACGGUAUUACCUGAUUAUCAACUAAAUAAUGGCGUGCUUCUGGGUCAUUUUGGCUAUAAGUGAAGUUGAGUGAUUUGAUAUUUUGUAGGAAAUAUAUCAUACAGCUUUGAUUACCGUUUUGCUGUUUCAAUAACAAAUGUUUUACAUUCAACACA